AAACCCUGGGACGCAGAGAUGUCUUUUGGCUUGCUCUUUCGGGAGAAAAAAAAACCUAAUAACUUCUACAGAGAUUUUCCAUUGCACUUUCGAUUCUCCUCAUUGGGAUUGCAGAGAUUUUCUCAGAGUUUAUCCUAUCUUCCUUGUUCGAUUCUCCGAUUCUCCUUCAAAGCUCGAACUCAAACCCUAGAUUUGCUGGGAUUCCAAGGAUUUGCCAAGGGAAUCGAAGUUGCGAUUGUUGAAAAGUCACUCGAAAGCAGGAUCGAUGGACCCUAAUGACCCCGAAAUUGUUUAUGUCGACCUGGAACCAAGCAAAGAGAUUCUGGAAGACGAGGGUGAGCAUGAUUUAGGAAAUGAGGCAGAAACCAAAUUUGUACCAAUUUUCAUUCAUUUGGGUGGAAGGUUUAUACAGGGAGCUGGUAAUUCAAUUUCAUAUGUUGAUGGUGAAUGUGAUGACUGGAUUAUUAAUAGGGAUAAAUUGACACUGUUUGAACUUUAUACUAAGGUUGGUAUUGCUGGAUAUGAUGCUGAUAUGGUCGACCAAAUAUGGUAUUUAGAACCAAGAAAAACAAUUACAGAUGGUUUGAAACCUAUUAGGAAUGAUCAUGACAUUAGGGAUGUUUUGGGGGUGUUGAAGGUGGAGAAAAAGGUACAUAUUUAUGUGUCUCAUGUCCCAAAUUUUGCUGAAAUUAUACCUAUCUUACCAUUACCAGCCCCGAGUGAUAAGGGUACGGUUGUCGACAAUCCUGUUGAGGUUGAGGGGAGAGUAGAAAAUGAUCAUGUUGAUGUGGAAGGCAGAGUUGAGGAUGCUGGUCAUGCGGUUGAGGGGUUGAUAAAUGCCGUUGCAGCCCUUUUUCCAAAUGCAGAACACAAACAUUGUGCUAGGCAUAGAUAUGCCAACUUCAGGAAGAAACACAAAGGGAAGGAAUUGCAAGCCUUAUUUUGGAGAUGUGUGAAAGCACUGAAUGAGGCAGAAUUUAAUGCAGCCUUAGCAGAGUUAGGCAAAUUGAAGCCUGCAGCAAGGGAUGACAUAAUGAAUGUGGAUCCCAAGCACUGGAGCAGAGCUUUUUUCAAAGCCGAAAUUAAGUCAUCUAUGGUCGACAAUAACAUGUGUGAGGUGUUCAAUGCCUUAUUUGAUGAUGCACGACACAAGGCAAUAAUUUCUAUCAAUCAAGCAAUGAGAGCUAUGUGUACAGCAAGAAAUGUUGUUAGGAGAGAGUUUGGAUCUGCUAAGUUUGUGGGAGAAUUUGGGCCUAAGAUUUGGACUAAGAUUGUACGAAAUAGGGAAGGUAGCAAGAAAUGCAAAGUCCUAUGGCCUGGUGGAGGUGGUUUUGAAGUUGAGGAUUACAUGAAUAGUAAAAAUAAAGUCAAUUCAGGCAGAAACACUUAUAUUGUAUAUUUGGAAGAUAGAAAAUGCACCUGUAGGUAUUGGGAUAUAUCUGGGAUUCCUUGUAGACAUGCCAUGACUGUAUUGAGUUUAAAAAAAUUGAGAGUUGAAGAAUAUGUUUCAGAUUGGUACAAGUUGUCAAGAUUUAAGGCCUCUUAUGCAUAUGAGGUACCAGUUGUUGAAGGCAUGAAUCAAUGGACACCAACAGGGAUGCCAGCCAUACAGCCACCAGCAACACAGAAGAUGCCUGACAGGCCUAAGAAAAAAAGAAAUCCUGAAGAAUGGGAAGGAAAGAAAAAAAAUGGGAAGACAAGGAAGACAAAUGACCUGCCAGAAAUGCUUCCAAAAGGGUCACAAUUCCAGAUCGUGCCCCAAAUGGAGAAUGAACCAUCUGUGGAGCAACCACCCCCUGUUGAGGACAACCAGCCACCUCAUGGAGAAGACAACCUGCCACGCAUUGCUGAGGAAGAACUAGUGAACAUGACCCAAGAAGAUCCUCCAGUGAGUCAAGUAGUCAGCCCAACUCUACCAGUUCAACAAGCCACAGCUCCCACUACAAGAAAGAAAGAAAGAGCUAGAAGCGCUGAUUGGCUAAAGAAGGCAGAAAAGAGAGCAAGGAAAAAUACCCCAACCCCAACCCAACAAGAGGAUUCGCCACCUGUGCCUCCAUCUGAAACCCAUUCACAAUCCACAAAAACACAAAAAGUCAAGCAUGCCUAUCCAAAAGGGAAGGGGAAGCAACAAUUUGAAGUUGUCUUCAUCUUCUUCAUCCAUAAUUCACACUAAUUUGCCAAAUACCCAUUAUCAUUCUUCAAAGUCUCAUUUUCGUUCUUCAAAAUAUCAUUCUCAUUCUUCAAAUUCCCAUUUUCUUGCACCAAAUCAGUAUUUUCCUUACUCAAUUUCUCAUUCUCUCUCUUCAGCUUCUGUUCCCUGUCUUUUAAUAUUAAAAGCAACUCCCUUGG